AUGUGGUUUGGUGUAAAGCCACGAUGUGUUACACUAGAAUUAACUAAAUAUUAUAUAAAACGUGGUAUGUUUAGUAAUGAAAGAUUUGAAAAUACCCUUGAAGCUAUUUUAACAACAAAGGUUGAAACAAAAAAUGCAAAUGGGCUUGCAUUAUUACGAUAUUGGGAAUUUGCUGCAAUUGAUCAAAAAGAGAUUGGUAAAGAUAGUUUCAAAGUCCAAGAUGCAAUCGCCUCAAAUCCAGCUAAUAAAUCAAAUGCAGAAUCAAGUUCUGCCAAUAAUUUGAAUGUUGAAUCAAGUUAUACUGAUAAAUCAUCGAGACCAGUCAAUAAAUUAAAUAGUAGAAGACUAGUCAAUGAAUUAAAUAGUAGAUUAGAUGAUCCCGAAAUCGUGUAUAGAAAUAUUUUUUUUGAUACUACAGAUCUAUACAAUUAUCAUCCAGCUGAACAUGAAGAUUCAAAAAUUGAACUCCAAUAUCUUUUCGCACGUAAUUUAUCACAACCGUCGUUUGUUUGUAUUCUCCAACAAUGUGUUGAAGAUAAUUCU